GUGAGGCUAAGGGUCAAUAUACUGAAACUGAUGUGACGUCGGAAGCUCGGGCCAUAGUGAAAUUUGUUAAGGAUAAGUGUGAUGGAACUGGGCCCAAAUUCAACUUCUCUCUUCUGCACAUGGUAGAUGUGUUCAAGGGAAGUAAAGCGAAAAAAAUAGUUGAUGCAGAACACAAUUUACAUCCUAUGCAUGGCUUGGGUAAAAAAUGGAUGAAAAAUGAUAUUGAGAGACUGUUCCGCAAGUUGGUUAUUGAAAAUUAUCUGAAGGAAAGCCUUCAUACCAACCAUCUAGACAUGACCAAUGCAUAUUUGAAGGUUGGAUCGAAAGCUGGCUUGCUAUCUGUUCAAAACUUCAAGAUGAUGUUCCCAAUAAGUGGCCCUGGUAGUAAGUCUGUUUCUAAAGUGGUAGAAACAAAUAAUGAUCAAUCUGAUAAGGAAAUGGAGGAAAUUCUCAGCCAGUGCUACACUGAACUAUCUGAGAAAGUCCAGGCUAUGGCAGAUUCUAUGGGUGUCAGCUCUGCUUCAAUUAUGAACAUUGAGGCUGUGCGCACUAUGGCUCUAAAACUGCCUGAAAACGAAGAAGAGAUGCUCAAAAUACCUCACGUUACAAAAGCUAAUUUUGCGAAGUAUGGUGAUGCCUCAUUGAAGGUCACCCAAGAGUAUGCUAGCAGAAGGAAUGCACUGAUGGCUAAUCGGGAACAAGAUUCUAUAAUAGAAACCUUUGCAAAUGGCAUUGAAGACUGGGAUGAUGAUUUUGGGGGGGACAGCAAUGACAAUAAACAGGAGUCACCCUACUUUACAUCACCAAGUGGAAGUAAACGAGGAGGAUUUAAAAGAAAAGGUGGUGAUUCUGAAGGCAAGAAAACGUGCAAGAAGAGCCGUGGCAGUAGCUUGAGUAAGGCAUCCUCAAGUAGUCGUGGUUCAUCUUCAGGCCGAAGAGGUGGAAAGAAAGCUGAUACCAGCUCACGGCUAGGUAUAAUGCCGUACCCCAAGCCCCGUUCUCUUGUGUUUCAAUCCUCGAUUUUAAUUUAAAUCUAACUAAUUUUAUGUGAUGAAAAUCAUCAGGGUAUAUGAUUACUAAGUUUCAUUUUUUUUCCCCUCUUGAACAAUGGUGUUAAAUAUAAUUACAGCAAUAAUUUACUUUCAUCCUAAUCUAACAGAGAUUGCAAAGCAACAAAUUACCUGUGUUGUCUAUAUGUAGUAUUGUCUAAAUGUGAUAUUUAUUUUAAUUUAUCUUUCUACCUGUAAUACUAUUUUAAAUAUAUUCGCACCAAUUGGUGCGCUUUUCGGCUGAGCCAAUUUAAUGGGGCGGUAGGUUCUUCA